AGAUCAAGAUAAGUUUUGUUGUGCCAGGUCCCUGUACUGGGCCCGACGCUGUCCCUCAUUUUUAUUUUUUUUCCUUUUUUUCACUCUUCCCCAUUGUUGUCCCGUGCCUAUCACUCUCCACGUGGCCCCAGCUGACCCCCGAGAAUCCCUGCGCAUUGAGUUAUGACGCCAAAACAGUCCUAAUGACGUGUAAAAGGAGAACUGGCAUGAAGAGAGUGUCGCUGGGAUGGACGUGCCGUCAGCUUGGUCUCCUCUGCCUGGGGGUCUUUGUUGGGGUUGGCCUGUACGGGGUCUUCGAGUUCCUCUUCGGCUCACCACUACCACCGAAAGUUACCUUUUAUGUGGGGAAUGUGACUGCAAUGUACCCUCCACAAGCACCACCUAACCUGCUGCUCCCUCCUGCUGCCCCUGCAGGCACUGGGGAGAGAGCAGGGGUGGGUGUGAUGCAGGUGGGCAGCAUUGAGCCAAACUGUGGCCUGGUGGAGGUGUGCCCCAACCACCACUUUCCAGUGCACGUGUACAGCGGCAAGACCAACGAUGACCAGCCCAGAGUGUGCAUCUCUGGGAAGUAUGUCAUCGAGAAGGACGUGAACAGUGGCGGCCGAGGGUUGAACCUAGUGGUGGUGGACCCAAAACAAAUGAAGGCAAUAAUAGCAAAGCGCUUUGACACCUAUGCUGGAGACUCAUCUCAGCUGGAGGCCUUCUUGUCGCAGGAGGUUCUCGAGGGGGACAUCCUGGUGGCGGUGACCUUUGAUGAAGCCUCCAGAAACCUCAGUCCUGCUGCCAAGAACCUGUUUGCUAAAUUGGGGAGCAGCCAAAUACAGAACCUGCAGUUUCGAGGACAGUGGUUUAUGGUGACACAGAAAGGACUCCAGGGCUUCUCUCCAUUUGAGGAACUGGAGGCUUCAAAAGGUGGCUUGUGGUCCCCCAUUGAUAAGAAAUUUUGUGCACCAAGACAGUUGCAGGGCCAGUCCAUCAAGCCAGACCCUCCAGUGGACCAGAACCCAGACCGCCUUAGAUUCUGCGCCACACACCCUCACAUCACAGACUUCUGCUCAGUGAGCCACCGGGAGCUGCCACUGCGACCUGCCAUCCUCACCAACCACCAGAUAGUCGGCAGUGCAAUGUUUACCACCCCCAUCAUGGUCAUCGCCGGCAACAGGGGCCACACCUCCUUGUCUGACUUGACCCUGACCCUGCAGACUGUCCUUGGUCAGCCUGGGGUGCAGAACAAGUACGUGGUGGUGGUGUAUGACCCGCGCCACAUCCCGGACGUACUCACUCUCUCCCGCCUCUUCAAUUUCAGCUCCAAGGCAAUUGUGCCGCAGAAUUUUAAUGACACGCUGCAGUAUCAUGAGGUCAUGCAGCUGGUGUUUGAGACAGCUCACGUAGCCUUCCCGAACUCCCCCUACAUCACCAUAGUGGAGGCCGGACUGCUCCUUGCCCCAGACUUCUUGGCCUACACUGCCUCACUUCUGCCUCUGCUUCAUGAUCCAACAAUACUGGGCAUCUCAGCAUGGAACCCCAAUGGGUACCUCAAUGUGUCCACUCGACCUGACCUUGUGUAUAGAGUGGAGGAUUUCCCCGGCCUGGCUUUCACCCUGCGCAUGGAGACCUACCUGAAGGAGCUGAGGACCAAGAUGAAGGAGUGUUGUAAUAGAAGAGGCUGGGGGGAUGGUUCAAGGCAGGCCGCUGGAACAGAGAGAUCAUCAUCCCUGACAUAUCCCGCGUCCUUCACCGCCCAAGAGAUGAACACACCCAUCCUCAAUGGAGAGUCAUUAGCAGCCCAGAGGUACGAAGCUCACCUGUCCUCCAUCCUUAACUCCUCCUCCCUCACCCUCACACCUGCCCAUGACGAGGUGCUUAAGUGUGCUGACGAGAAGGACACACAACACCUGCAUCUUAACUUAACCACGGACAGACAAGCAGUGGUGGUGUUACCAUAUAAGGAGAGUGAUAUGGAUGGGUGGUCGGGGAUGAAGCUGCUGUCUCAGUGUUUUGGUCUCUUCCACCACCAAGACUCUCCCCCUAAAGGACUCCACAAGGGCCUGCUGAGGUUCAGCAUGAAGGGAAGUGAGGUAAUUCUGCUCAGUAACCACAGUCCUCACUUCCACACCACCAAGUUUGUCACUACUGCCCUCACCCUGCCUUGAGGAACACCACCACUACUACUGCUACUGCUACUGCUACUGCUAUUUCUACUACUACUACUGCUACUACUACCAUGGGUACCUCUGCUGCUGCCUUUACCUAACUAACCUUAAUAAAUCAAACUACUACUACUACUACUGGUACUACUACUACUACUGCUGCUGCUAUUACUACUACUACUACUACUACUACUGCUACUACUACUACUACUACUACUACUACUACUACUGCUACUACUACUACUACUACUACUACUACUACUGCUACUGCUACUGCUACUGCUACUUAUGGUAAUGAUGGAGAAGGAGGAGGAAGAAGAGGGGAAGAAAAUGAAAUGAUGGGAGAUGAGAAAAAGUGAUGAUAGAGGAAGAGGGGAAGAAAAUGAAAUGAUGAUAUGAUGAUUAGGAGAAAAAGUGAUGAUAGAAGAAGAGGAGAAAAGAUGAUGAUGGAGGAAGAGGGGAAGAAAAAGGAAAUGAUGAUGAGGGAUGAGGAGAUGGAAAAAGUGAUGAUGGAGGAGGAGGAGGAGGAGGGAGGUAUUUAGAUUAUUAUUUAUUUAUUUUAUUUUAUUUUAUUUAUUUAUUUUUAUUCUUAUUUAUUCAAGCUUUCUUAUUAUUGAAUUUUCUGAUCUUUGAUUGCUACCGUGUUCACUGUUCCUAUUAUUUUUUUUUUCUUUUUAAUUUUCUGAUUCACUUAUUCUUAUUUAAUGUAUUUGUUCUUCCAUUUUUGUGCCAAAGAGAUGAAGCCAAAAAAGUGUGUGAUGUUUGCAAAAUUUAAUGUGUGUUUAAUAGAUUUACAUGAAAAAUGCUCAUACACACAGAAGAGAGGCUGUGUAAGUAUAAAAACACACACAUUGAAGGCUGCAUAAAUGAGCCACACACAAACUACUUGGUGUACACAAAAACAUACACACAAAAUAAAAAGACAUUCCCUUUAUAUAUGUAAGUCUCUGGGAUGAGGUUAAACUAAAUGCAUACACACACACACACACACACACACACACACACACACACACACACACACACACACACACACACACACACACACACACACACACACACACACACACACACACACACAUUCCUUUGUGAGUUGAGUAUACAUGUGUGUAUGUUGGGUGGGGGAGGGUACGUGUGUUUUAGGUAAUUCAUACUUUCCAGUGGCAAAAAAAAAAAAUAUGUUGCCCUAAUAAAGAUUGGUGGAAAA